AUGGCUACGACAGACCCUUCCUCGGCCGUUGCGCCGGUUGGAACAUCAGCGCAAGCAACACAGUCUAAGAGAGACAAGCGCCGCCAGUUGAUCUCCGAUCGACUGGCCCAGCUUGACGAUAGGCUGGCUAGAGACAGGGACCAAACCUUCCGCGAGCAACUUCACAAGAUCCAAAUGGACACAAAUCUGGUCAUGAGGAUUGACCCAUACGCUGAGCGACCAUUUGACAAUCUCGAGGAGGAGUACCAACAAAUCCUCCACCAGCUGAACGCCGAUGCGAGCACAACACCACAAUCGUACCUUGGAGCGGCCGGUCCGAGAUUCACAGACUGGAUGAACAAGGUCCAGGACUUGAUGGAGGAGCGUGACUACGCUUUAGCGAAGCACAAGUUUGACUAUGACAAGAAGGUGUCUGAGUACAUGAACACCCACGCCUUUAAGGUCGAGACAGCGAACCGAGAAUACCGCGCGCUCUCCCAAACCCUUCGCGACCGCCUAAUCAACGCCAUUACCACCAAAAAAUUCCGAUUGAAUAAGGAGAAGGAGGCACUGGAAAUCUCCGACUCGUCUGCUCUUCUGCUUCACCCGAACCAGUUCAGCAUCACAAACCCUGCCAGCCCUGGCGGUACCCACGCCAAGCGAGCGACGAGGUUGCGACGAGGAGAGAUUGACGACAUGUCCUUGGACAAUAAGAAGCGAAAGCGCAAUAACAACGACGACGAUGGCUCCCCAGCCCCCCAGCGACGAGCUCUAGAUAAUGCUAAUACCACGCCUCUCUGGCAAACCGACCGCCUAGCAGUGCGCAAGACCACCGGACCAAUCUACAGCAUCGACAAGCUAUUCACCGACAAGGAGCUCUCAAUGACCUACAACACGGCUGCCUUUGCCGCCCACAAAUAUCUGUUGACGCAUAAGCCAAAGUUUGAUGAGAACGGCCGUCCUAUCCAGUCGCCAGACGGUAGCGACUCCGGCAACGGCGAGCACGACGAUGACGGCGACUCGGUUCCCUCUGCGCCCCCAAUGGAGCGCAAUAUUUCGCACGCGACUCGCAGCGGACUUCGUGGCUCAAACAAUCCCAACUUCGUGGAUGACAAGCUCAUGGGAAUGGAGUUGCUCGCCAAUUUUGACUUUCCUGGCAACUUCGACAGGAUGCUUGCUGCAGACCCCAAACUCCCAGCCACAUUCCCAUCCACAUACAUCAAGGGGCACAACAGACUUGAGUACAACACCACCAACAGCCUCGCUAACGACGACGUCAAUGGUGAUAUGAUGGUCAUGCAAGCCCUCAAGCAGUAUGAGCAGGCCAAUGGCCCUGGAUCGAGCUUUGCUGUGGAGAAUGGAAGCCGCAAGCUUCUCGAAGCUGCCUCUUUCCCAGCUAGAGACCACCGCUUUGUUGCUUACCUUCAGGGCGAAAGGCCUUCGGAGAACGAGGUGCGCAAGCGCCUCGGGCUUCCGGUGCUGCCAGAUACAGUCGAGCCUGUUAUGAGCAACGAAAGGAGCAGCACCCCGCGUCCAGGUCAUGGAGGUACACCAGGCCAGUCGCCAGCCAAGGGUUUUGGAGGAGUGCCAAUGAGCCGACAAUCCAGUGCCAAUGGUGUUCCUAUGAGCCGCAGCAGCAGUCGGAAGGGAGGACGUGGUGGACGGGGCGGUUAG